GAACAGGCAACAUUCGCGGAAGUUGAUGUUUCAAACGGCAGGGAAACAUUCCCUUUGCUUUUCCGUUAUUUCUAGUCCCAAAAAAACAUAAUUUUACCAGUAAGACUUUCAAAGCAGUCCAAAGGUAGAAUGUCGGACAUGUGGCCUGAGACAUUUGGAUUCCUGGAUUGAUGGCAGCUUUUGCCGUAUUGCGCUGUGCCAGCAGCAGUCCUCUGCUUUGGAGCUGGGGACCCGUUCUGUUUGCUCUCCUGGGCUCAGUGUUUAUUCUGCUGUUGCCUUUAGCAGGCAUAGAGGAGCAAUGCUGUGCCACGCUGAAGGGUCUUGCCCUUCUUCGCUGCCAGCUGUGGGGAGGUGUUCAGCAGCCUACAGGGCACACCACCAGCCUGACGGUCCCUUUCACAGCGCUGGACCUGCUGCCACAGAAAGUUAAGCCAAGUAAAGAGACUAAAUUGGAGGCAAAGGCAUCUCUACAACAGGCUCUGGAGAUGAAGAAACAGGGGAAGAGGGAAAAAGCUCAUAAGCUACUUGUCCACGCACUCAACAUGAACCCAGAAUUUGUGGAGGCACUCACUGAGUUGGGAACCAUUCUAGAGGAGGAAAAGGACGUUGUUCAAGCAGACCACCUCUACACCAAGGCCCUUGCCAUCUCGCCUUGUAACGAGAAGGCUUUGGUGAGUAGAGACCGCACAUUGCCCUUAGUAGAAGAAAUAGACCAGCGGCACUUCGGGAUUAUAGAUGGAAAGGUACGGCGUCUCAUGUCUAUACCAAAGGGCAACUCUGCCUUGCGUCGUGUCAUGGAGGAGACCUACUACCAUCAUAUUUACCAUACAGUAGCCAUUGAAGGCAACACACUCACUCUGUCUGAGAUUCGGCAUAUAAUUGAGACUAGAUAUGCCGUACCAGGUAAGAGUCUUCAAGAACAGAAUGAGGCUAUUGGCGUCGAUGUAGCCAUGAAGUAUAUGAACACCACUCUGCUGUCCCGUGGUGGGGCGAUCACUGUCAAUGACAUCUUAGAGAUACAUCGGCGUGUUCUAGGCUACGUUGAUCCUGUCGAAGCUGGACGGUUCCGGACUAGCCAGGUUUUUGUGGGACAUCAUAUCCCACCACACCCACAAGAUUUGGACAGGCACAUGCAUGAGCUGGUGCAGUGGUUGAACUCAGAGGAGGCUCUGCAUUUACACCCUGUAGAGUUUGCAGCUUUGGCGCAUUAUAAACUGGUUUAUGUACAUCCGUUUGUGGACGGGAACGGACGGACGUCCCGACUGCUGAUGAAUUUAAUCCUAAUGCAAGCUAGUUAUCCGCCCAUCACCAUUCGGAAAGAACAGAGGGCAGAAUAUUAUGCUGCACUGGAUACAGCCAAUGAGGGUGAUGUUCGGCCCUUUAUUAGAUUUAUUGCAAAAUGCACAGAAAUUACGCUUGAUACUCUGCUGAUAGCUACAAUGGAGCAUGCAGUUGGGCUUCCUGGCGCUAGUAAUCAUGCCUGUCCUGAUUGCAAACAGACAAUAACUGUGCAUGGCUGAGAGAUGGUUUGUUGGUGGAAGGGAACAAGCGCCCACACACAAAUGUUUAAUUUAGGUGCCAUAUGGAUCACUCAGCAACUAAGAUGAAUCACUAUAAGACCCUAUACUGCUAGCAUAGGCCCUAUGCAGAAAAUGGUGAUGCAUUUGAAUGUGUUUUUUUGUGAUGUGCAUUUAAUGUGUAGCCACAUUCAUUACAGAUGUAGUGUUUGUAUUUGACAUUUUGAAAUGGUGUUCCUGUUUUCCCCUCAAAUGCAUUGUUUAACAUUUAAAAUUAAAAGAAAGGUUGUCCAAAAAUUCAUGCUCUAAAUGUACUUGUUGGUGUGGUCAAACUUGGAGCUGUGCAACAAAUUUGAUGUGGUUAAAACAAUGAGUGAACAGUAUGUAGGACAGAUUCAUGAGGCAUCAUGGGCUUUCUUCGUUAGUGCGCUAGGCGCAGUGCAUCCAGUGUGCGCUACUAUGUCUUAUACAGUUUUAGUGAGAAUUGUAAACGCAAUUUUCAUGCCAAUGCAAAGCAGCAGUGGGUGGGAAUGUUUGCGCUUUCUGUGGAUGUAUGCGUGCAAACUGCGUGUGUAUUGUUUGUUAAUACAAAUUUGCUAUUUUCCUGAGAAAUGGGUCAUUGUGCCAAGUCGUUUCAGUAGCAUGUUUAAUCUCGCCGCAAAGUCUAAAAUAAGUUUCUGCAAUUGCAGUUUGGGGAUUCCACCAGCAGAUGAUAUUAAAGAGUUCACAGCAAGGACGUAGCUAUUGGACCAAAGAAAGUAAGAUGCAAAUGGUCCAUAUUUCUAUCUUUCUAAUGCAUUACAUACAGCCCAUUUACACUUCCAAAUUCUUUAUCAAUGUUGCUUGACAGGGAAUGGACUAUGUUAUAGGAUACAGAUGGUGCAAUAACUGGAGAAAAACCUCUGAAUUCAAUUGCACUUGACUCAGAUCAUUAGCCCUUUGCGCGCAAUUUCACCAACCCACUUGUACCAUGGCCAUGCCCACUGACUUUGCAAAUAUGGCAUAUUGCAAAAUCUUAAAAUAGGGCCCAAUGCCUCCUUUUACAGCAACCAAAACCUGCUUGCUUCUUUUUUGAUAUUUUGUUUCUUUAUUUAUUAUAAAAUAGCAUGUAUUAACUCUGUCUCUAAUUUUUGGUGGAAAAUUACCAAAAAUGUGGUCAUGCAAACCUUACAUGUGUAGUGUCUACUAUAUUUUGUGUGCAAAAGUGCGUCUUUUAAUUUCUUUAAAGACAAACUUUCCUAAAGGAAGAUAUCUCUAAAACACUCAAAUCAGGCUUGGAUUAACUGUGUAUUAAAGUAUGCUUGGGAAAAGAACAUUUGUGAAGUACUGUAAGAUUGUUGUCAAAAAAGAAACAUGUUCCUAAUUUAAUGUCCAUCGAAUUCAGUUUGGGUCUAUUUGAAUAAUAGUCUUUGCCAUUACCUAGAAUAUUAUCUCAUUUGUGAUCUAAAAGGCUUAUGUAACUAAAGUAAAUUAUCUAGAAUUUAUUAAACAUAUCUCUUCUGGAAUUUGGGAUGACCCUUGUGACCUCGACCAUUCCAUACUACUUUGGAAUUUUCCAAUAGCAAUGAUUUGUGUCGCAAGAAAUAUUCUAUGAAUUUCUUACUGCUGUUUAAAAUGUUAUGUAGUAAGCUGUUUUAUUGAUUGUUUACUGGUAGUAUUCACUGAAGUAUUUAAAAAUAACCUUAAGGGUUUAUUUACCACUUUUGAUAUCUGAUAUUGUAAAUUUCUGUGUGCCUCAUCUUUGGGCACCAAGUACAUCAAAAAGCACUUUAUUUAAACUGCUUUAUUUUACUACCAUAGAAAGCUAUUUUAUUAUUUAUGUGUAAUGUAUGUAAUAAAUUACUG